CGGAUAACAACGAUCGCUUGUGGAGCGCGUCUUUCUCCGGUUUUCUUUUAUCUUGUUUAUUUGGAUUAUAAGUUUUUCAAAGACAGCGCGCGUGCAUUUUCUAAAGAGUUUCAAAGUGUUUUUCAUCUUCUCUGGCAAACGAGUUCUUUUUUAGAGAGUUGAAUGUUUAUGCUGGACAAUCUAAACAUAACAGAGCUCUCGAGAGAUAGCGUCCGAUUGCUGAGAUAGUAGCAUGCGUUCCCGGCACAAGUUGCUCGUGGAUGAUUACGGAAAGGUCGCCAAGUAUUUGGAUUGCAUAUUCGCUUGGUGGAUUGUGAACGCUUCUCGGGUUUGGUGAAUUAAGUCUAAUCUGCCAAAGCGAUUUAUUAGGAAGUAGAUAAACCUUGAAGGGACGAUGAAGGGUGUUCCAGAAGAAGAAGAGGAAGAGGAAGGAGACGAAGUAUGGAGCUCCCUAACGACAGCACCACCCAAGCUCCCAUGCACACUGGUCAUCGACAUGGCGGAAGAGGAAGAUUACUGGGCGGGAAUUCCUGAGCCUCCGGAUGGCGGAUGGGGCUGGGUGAUCGUGGUCGCCUCCUUUCUGUGCAACGUUGUGGUCGACGGCAUCGCCUACAGUUUUGGUAUUUUUCUCAUCCAUUUUGUGGACUACUACAAGUCUCCUAAAGGAAAAACAGCAUGGGUUGGAUCUCUACUCACAGGGUGUUAUCUUAGUGCAGGCCCUGUUGUGAGCGCGCUGACGAAUAAAUUCGGAUGCAGACCUGUGACGAUAGCUGGAAGUAUCGUAUCUUGCUUGGCUUUCCUCUUGAGUACGGUGGCGCCCUCUGUGGACGUUCUCAUGGUCACGUACGGUAUCAUGGCAGGAUUGGGAUUUGGUCUGAUCUAUCUUCCAGCCAUUGUGAGCGUUGGGUAUUACUUUUCGACGAAGAGGGCUUUUGCAACAGGAAUCGCUGUCUGUGGAUCUGGCAUGGGGGCCUUCGUCUUUGCUCCUCUCACACAAGCGUUAUUAGAUGCUUAUGACUGGAAGGGGGCCUUGCUAAUACUCGCCGGAUUAUCUCUGAACUGCGCCGUUUUCGGAGCUCUGAUGAGACCUUUAGAACCACCUCCUCCAAAAUCCAAACUGCCGGGAUCUUUGUCUAAUGAAAACAAAGAGAAAGGAGAUAGCGGAUUGGUCCUUCUGGUGGAAGACGCAAAACGACCUCUAAUCAACACAGAACCUGGCGUGCAGUCAACGCUUAAUCUCGAUCAGGUUCCGAAACAAAUGAAUCUUCUGCCAACCUUCGUACCAGACGAGCAUUUGCGUUGUUCUGUGGAUGCAGUUCCAGGUUUGAGAGUUAAAAGUGAAGCGCCAACUGGUUCCGCCCAACACGUGGACGGUGCUUCCCUAGGAGCACUCGUGGAAGACAAAGGAACUCCGCAGGCACCUAUCAAAAUCUGCCACAGUCACAUCAACGUAAAAGAGCUGCAGCGUCGAUUUACGAUGCCAGCAACCAUGCCAGCGUCAGCUAACGUUUUGUGCCCGACAUCCAAUAACAAUUAUGCUAUUCAAGGCAGCCCUCGUGGAGAUUCCUGGUCGGCGGCUCGUCAGCGACAACGACGCUUGUCCAACAGAAAAGAUCUCGCCAGGCCACUCUAUAGAAAAGAUAUUUUCUAUAGCGGAAGCAUCGUAAAUUUACCUCAGUACCGACAAUCGCGAGCGGAUAUACGUUCCUACAUGGCUAGUGUGACUACAAUACCUCCUGAUGCUUCGGAUGAUGAAGACAAUACUGCCGCAUCUGUGAAAUCCAAGAAAUAUCCUAAAUGCCCGAAGCUUCCUAAAAGUAUGGCGGACACAUUGAAAGAAGCGUUAGAUUUUUCCUUGCUGAAAGAACCUGCUUUCCUAUUGGCUUGCAUCGGCAACGUCUUGGGUAUGAUGGGAUUCUACAUGCCUUUUUUUUACAUCACUGACAGUUCCGUACAGAAGGGGGUGGGUCGUGAUGCGGCUGCUUUUCUACUGUCUAUCAUCGGCAUCACGAAUCUUUUGGGCAGGCUUCUUUUUGGCUGGCUGGUGGACAAGGCUGGUCUGAAGGCCCUGGACGUGAACAACAUGUGCCUUGCUGUCAGCGGAAUCUCAACUUUGGUGCUGCCUUUCUGCAAUUCCUAUGCUACCAUUGUUGCCGCCUGCACUUUCUUCAGUCUCUUUGUGUCUGCAUACAUUUCAUUGACUUCAAUCAUUCUGGUGGACAUGGUGGGACUGGACAGGCUAACCAACUCAUUUGGACUUCUCAGCUUGUUCCGAGGGGCUGCUUCGAUUGUUGGUCCACCAGUCGCAGGUUCAGUGUAUGAUCUCACUGGGAGUUACGACAUCCCAUUCUUCCUGGCUGGGGCAUUACUAAUAUCAUCCGGAGUGUGCACAUUCUUCAUUCCCUGGCUGAGUAAAGGCCAUCCACCUGUCCGGAUACGAGCCCCAACGCCUGUUGACGACGGAGACAGCGGAAAACCCGACAGCGAACCCACGACAUCGCUUUGAGAAUGUAGGACUUAUGACAUAAAGCUUCGCCCUGCGCCCCGUGCAAAUCAUGACAAAUAGUUUUAUUCGUUAUGCUCGCUGUGGCUGCGAACAGUAUGCUGUUGGUCGGAUUGUGCAUUGCAACUUGCUGGAAAUUGAAUGACUUGAAGUGCACUUCGUCGAAACAGAAAAGGUUUCUGAAACCUUUUCACUGUGCCAAAGAAUAGUCAUGUUGAUGUUUAUAAAUUCUCCAGUGUUCAAACUAUUUCUCCACCUAGAGAACAUUUAUUUAUGAAUUUGUUAACAUGUGAAAGAACUUAUUUUAAAAUACUUUUAUGCUCGAAAAUCGAACCUAAGCUUAACGUUCAAUUUGGUACUUUAAAUACAAAUCUAAAGUAAAUAUACGCAAAUAUAAUGCCUACGCAGAGAUGUGUUUAAGACUGGUCAGGCUGUAGAAUCUAACAUUUUCGUUUUGCAUUACAGGGUCGGAUUUAAAUUUGAUGAGGACAAAGAAUUUUAUUAUUUUUUAUGAUUACCGAGAGCUUACGUUAAGAGCGUUGAAGCUUCGAAUGCUACUGCUGCGUUUAGAACUGUUCAAACUCUAGGUUCUUUCUUGUUUAUUAUGUGGUCGAUUUUUAAACAGCUGAUCUUUUACACGCUUUCACAUUUUCCCAUUUCGAUUUUUAAACUGCUGAUAUUUUACAUUUUCGUUUUUUGCACAUGAUAGGACUUAAAGAUGUCCUAAAUUUCUUGAUAUACUUCUUGUUUAUAGUUGGUCAGAUUUCAGGUUGGUCAAAGUCUAAGAAUUUUAACUAGUUUCUUGUUUACACAGCACCAGAUUUAAGAGGGAUGAGGCCGUAAAAUCCUUAACAGACUUAUUUGUAAAUUGGUGGAUUUAAGACUGGUAAAGCUCUACAGUAAAAUAGUUGAUGCUCCUUCCACAGACAGACACACAGUAGAAUAAUCAAGUAAAAAGGAAUUUCAUUAAAGUUAGUUAAUUCAGUUAAUAGGAACCAUAGAAACAGGCGAUUUUUUAUGAGUAAAUUUGGUUUCAUACAAGGUGUCUCAAAAUAACGUAAUGCAUUCUUUACAAUAGAACAGAACACAGGCAUGCAUUUUAUUGCAACAUAUCUUAAGGAUAUUGUUUGAAAUGACUACUUCUCCUCCAACCCCAACCAGACUACAUUGACCGAAAUGAUGUAGAACAGAAUAACAUAGCAAAAGUAUUUCUUCCAAUUGUAUACAACACCGCAGUUAUGCUCCGUUUGCUGUCUAAGAUUGUCCGUGUCUGUGGGGGUGUUUGGUUGAUAGGUUGUUUUGGGUUCUUGAUAGUUCCCCAGAGAAAAAAUUCUGAUGGGUACACCACAUGACUUCCUUGUAUGGAAUAUUAAAUUACACGCAUUUUUUCCUCCCUUUCAUUUAAACUUUUUUCCUCGAAUUUCAUUAGAGAUAUAUUUCUGAUUUAAUUAAUUCAGUUCUCAU